AUGGCUACGUCACUUCCACGUGGCGGCCAGCAUACCCCGAUCUCGGUUGGGCUGGGGGAAGCUAUUGCUACUGCUAUCCAGGCAGCUAUCCGCCCUCCCCAGAGGACUCCUCUGGAAACUAUGUACAACCUGAAAUUGGAUAAAUUCCACGGUCACGAGGGGCACGAGGCCGCGGAGCGUUGGUUGGAGCAUAUUGAAAAGACUUUCCGAGUGUUGAACAACCAGGGGAAUCUCCCUGUGGAGAGAUGGGAGCUUCGUAGUUUGACUCCAGCCGAGAAGACUGAUUGGAAUGUUUUUAUUAGGUUGUUCAAGAGGAGGUUUAUUCCCCCAGAGUAUACUGACCGCAAGAAACAGGAAUUCACUGAAUUGAAACAGCGGAAGAUGUCUGCGAAUGAGUAUUAUCGGAAGUUUACCGACUUGUCUCGCUACCACCCUGAGAUUGCUAGUAACCCAGCGGAGAUGCUUCGCCGUUUUCGCAUCGACACUAAGAAGAAGUGGCGUUCGAUGUCAACCUCCACUCAUUGUGAUACAUACCAGGAGUUCUACGAGGUUUUGUUGAGAGUCGAGGACUCUGAGAAUAUGCCGAGUGAGAGCGAUGAAGAUGAAAAGAGUGGUAAUCAGAAGAAGGACGACAAAGCGCCACGGGUCAGGGACGAUGAGGUAGAUGGACUGGUGGCUUUCGAGGCCAGAGACAGGGGGACGGUGGUCGAGAUAGGGCAUCGAGCGGCGCAAUGUCCCCAGGGUCAGCAGCAAAGACCGCAGCAGACUUUCCUGCCACCACCCGCCCCUAUCCAGCAGAUUCAAGGUCCUAGUGGUUACGGACAGGCAGGUCGAGGUGGUGCCUACCACUACCAGGGUGAUGCUGUACCCUAUGCCUCGGGACAGUAUCAGGAGGACAGAUUCAGACAGGAGAGAUUGCUACCAGUAGUGCGGGGUCUUCGAGACAGACUGGUCAGCCCAGUCAGGGGCGUAGUACGCAGGGUCGUGGUGCUCAGGCGAACCGAGGUCGUGGUGGACGGCAGCAGGGCCAGGGGCUCUUUGACUCCUUAUCGUAUGGCACCUGCGGAAUUAAGGGAAUUAAAGGUGCAGCUGCAGGAAUUAGUGGAUAAGGGUUUUAUUCAGCCUAGUACUUCACCUUGGGGCGCUCCAGUAUUGUUUGUGAGGAAGAAAGACGGAACUUUAAGGCUAUGUAUCGAUUACAGGCAAUUGAACCGGGUGACGAUUAAAAACCGUUAUCCGUUGCCUCGUAUCGAUGAUUUAUUCGAUCAGCUUAGAGGUGCUUGUGUGUUCUCUAAGAUUGACUUGAGGUCUGGGUACUAUCAGCUGAAGAUUAAUAGGAAUGACGUUCCUAAGACGGCGUUCAGGACUCGUUAUGGUCAUUACGAGUUUCUAGUUAUGCCGUUUGGGUUGACGAAUGCACCGGCAGCUUUUAUGGAUUUAAUGAACCGGGUUUUCCAGCCUUACUUGGAUAGGUUCGUGAUUGUUUUUAUCGAUGAUAUUCUGGUGUAUUCUAAGUCGAAGGCGGAGCACGUUCGACAUCUUACCUUGGUGUUGAAAAGGUUGAGGGAACAUCAAUUAUAUGCUAAGUUUAGCAAGUGCCAGUUUUGGCUAAAUCAAGUGGCGUUUCUGGGGCAUGUUAUCUCUGCUCAAGGUGUUCUGGUUGAUCCUCAGAAGGUUGCGGCGGUGGAGAAUUGGGAGCAGCCGCGAACCGUCACCGAGGUGAGAAGUUUCCUUGGCUUGGCGGGAUACUAUCGGAGAUUUGUUAAAGAUUUCUCGGUGAUCGCCUUACCCUUGACGAGACUUACGAGGAAAGAUGUUAAAUUUGAGUGGGACGAUAGGUGUGAACAGAGUUUCCAACAGUUGAAGCGUUGUCUCACUCAAGCACCUGUUCUGGCACUCCCGGACGAUAAUGGUGAUUUCGAGGUUUAUAGUGAUGCGUCCUUGAAUGGUCUGGGAUGUGUGUUGAUGCAGCAUGGUAGGGUGAUUGCUUACGCUUCACGUCAAUUAAAACCCCAUGAGUUGAAUUACCCUACUCAUGAUUUGGAGUUGGCCGCUAUCGUUUUUGCGUUGAAGUUGUGGAGACACUAUCUUUAUGGUGAAAAGUGUAGGAUCUUUACUGAUCAUAAGAGUCUCCAGUACCUUUUUACCCAAAAAGAACUUAAUCUUCGUCAGCGGAGGUGGAUGGAGUUGCUCAGCGAUUACGACUGCACGAUUGAUUAUCACCCUGGUCGUGCGAAUGUAGUUGCUGAUGCGCUUAGUCGGAAGUCUCAAGGCCGCAUUAAUGCGUUGUAUGCAAGCCGUAUUCCUCUUUUGACGGACUUGCGUGCUACAGGAGUGAGGUUAGAAGCGGAAGAUCGAGAUGUGGCUUUACUUGCUAAUUUUCAGGUUAGGCCCAUCUUAGUUGAUCGGGUGCUCGCGGCUCAAGUAGAUGAUGAGCAGACUCAAGAAUUUAUCCAAGCUCGAGAACAAGGUAGGAGGAGAGACCUCAGAGUACGAGAAUCGGAUGGCAUGUUGAUGCAAGAGAGUUCUUUAAUUCCUAAAUCGGUGGAGGCCUUGAUAUGCAUGCAAAAUUGGUUGAGGGGCUAUAACAUUAUUACUUUGGAAGAUGAUGCACCUUCGAUUGACCACAUUGAGUUCUAUGAAAGUAUUGAAUUGGAGUUGGCCAAAUCGGCUUCAAGCAUUGCCUCUCUUACUCUUGAUCCACAACCACAACAAGCUCCAAAGCAAUCUCAAGGUUCUAGUCCAUAA